CAGAGAAACAAGCACGCACACUUUUUCCCCUUUGCUGAUAAUCAUUUGGAGAGGAAGAAGACGAAACAUCAAUCAAAACAGAGAGAUGAUGAUGAUGAUAAAGAGAAUAGAGCUGUGCAUCGAGAUUCUGAAGAUAGCGAUGGAGUUCGUGGUGGUUGUGGCGGAAGCCAUCGGAACUGUCCUUCAUCAGCAUCUCCCCCACCUCCCUCCUCCGCCGUCUCCGCCACCGCCGCCGUUCCUCCGCCAUGGGCACUUCCCUUACUCCGCCGUUUCCGCUCCCUCCUUCCCUUCCCCUUUCGUCAUCGGCUUUCUUCCCUGAACAGCUCCUCAUCUGUGAUCCAAAGCUUCGAUCUUUAGAUUACCCUUUUCGAAUUUGAAAAAAAAGUUAGAUGUAACAGUUGUUAAUCAAUCUCUUCUCCUGUGAAGUUCCUUCGGAUUUCACCAGAAAAAUCUGUUGUAUGAAGAAGUUAAGUUUAUCCCUCUGUUUCGUAUC